AUGGACCACCAGGACGGAUCACCAGGAUGGACCACCAGGACAGACCACCAGGACAGAMCAACAGGACGGACUACCUGGACGAACCACCAGGACGGAACACCAGGAACGGUUAACCAGGACGGACCACCUGGACAGACCACCAGGACGGACUACCUGGACGAACCACCAGGACGGACCACCAGGACGGACCACCAGGACGGACCACCAGGAACGGUUAACCAGGACGGACCACCAGGACGGACCACAAGGACGGAUCACCAGGACGGACCACCAGGACAGACCAACAGGACGGACCACCAGGACGGACAACCAGGACGGUUCACCACCAGGACAGUUCACCACCAGGACGGUUCACCAGGACGGACCACCAGGACGGACCACCAGGAAGGAUUAAUUUGA